AUGAUAAAAAAGAAGUUAUUGUCCUCACUGAAAGAGAAGAAGGCUGCUGCCAUUGCUGCCGCUGCAGAAGAGUCAAAGAAGGAGGAAGAGGCAAGAGCUUUGGCAGAGGAGGAACAAGAAGAGGAGGAGAAAAAGAGUAGAAGUAGGAAGAAGAAGAAACAUCAUAGUGCUGCUGAGGAUGAGGAUGGUGAUGAUGUUGAGAAUGAUGAUGGUGAUGAUUCAUCAUCGAGGAAGAAGAAGAAGUCAUCAAAGAGCAAGCAUAAGAGUAGUAGUAGCAAGAAACGAAAGGGUGACUCUGAUACCAAUAAUGAUGAGAAUGAUGGUGAUGCCGACGACAACAACAAUGAGGAGGAUGAGAAACGACACAAGAAGAGACAUCACAAGAAACAUCAUAAGAGAGGUGAUAAAGAAAAGGAUGAUGAUAGUGCCGAGGGUGGUGACGACGAUAGGAAGCACAGGAAGCACAGGAAAAAGAAGCACAAGAGAGAUAAGGACAAGGGCGAUGAGGAGGCUGCCAGCGGGGGAUCCGACGACGAAGAGAGGCGCAGGAAGAAGCACAAGAAGAAGAAGAAGAGAAGCAGCAGCAAGGACGACACAGACAACAAUGAUGAAGAGACACUUGUCGACGAGAAGACAGAGGACAGCUCCGUUCAAGCAUGGGACGACGCAAAUGAAGAGGCGGUAGCCAGCGACGUCGACCAGAGGAGAGCGCCAUCCUCCUGGGAUAACAAUGAUCGUGACAGCAGGGAGCACAGAGUGUCAUCACCAAUCUCUCGAAGAGAUUAUAGAGAUGUGGAGCGAGACUAUCGCGAGAUGGAGCAGCGUGAGAGGGAGAGAGAACAACGAGAGCGCGAGAGAGUUGCUCAGGAGGAGGAAGAGGCAAACCAAGCAUACGAAGAGUAUGACGACGACGACGAUGAGGAGGAGAAGGAGAGGAAUAUCCAGAGGCGUGACAUCAAGCCCCUGGAAGGCUACUUCACCCAUUACCAACCGACGGUCGCUCCCAAGCUUUCCACCAAGAGCAAGUUUGGUGAGAGUCUCAUCAACAGAGUGGAUAUACCUACUCCAUAUUAUCCACUUCCACAGCGUCAACAGAAGAUGUCUGGCUACUCAGAUGUAAAUAGUAACAGCAGCAGUGGCAACUAUGGUAGUGGCAGUAACAGCAGCAGUAGUAAUAUUAAUGGUGGCGGAUAUGGCUCAUUGAGUGGAACGGCCAACAGCAGUUCAAGCUACAAUGGCUAUGCAUCAUCCGAUCAUCACUAUCAACCACCACAACAGGAACCAUCACAACCGAUUGGUAAUGCAGAGUACCUUGCAUCAUUCAACAAUCAGAAAUGGGACUUGGACUUUAACACCAGCAGCACAACUACCAACAACGCCACCGUCACCAACACAAGCAUAAGCAGCACAAUCAGCAGCAGUAAUAACACAGAUAGUAUACAGAAUGAACAAGAAGACAAGGAAAGACAACACCAACAUCAUCAUCAUCACAGCAGCAGAUCAAAGGAGGAUAUGGAGAGGAGAAAGAAGAUGUUUGUUAAGGAGAUAUCAAAGAUUGUCGUAACCAACUUGAACAAGUACAUGAAACAAAAGAAGAUAUCUAACAAGGAGGACUUUAAGUACCUCGCCAACAAGUUCACGAUGCUCGUUGUCGAGAAGGACCACGGACGAUUCGAGGCCAAAGGCGACACGCCCAGGAAGGUUGAGAAGCUGCUCGAUGGCUACUUCUCAAAGCUCGAUGUCUAUGUUCGCAAGAACAAGAAGGAAGAGUACGCCUCUGGCAGUUCUUUGGGCUCCAGGCCAACCUCAAACACAACCGACUUGGAGAGCAGUCCUCACUCGCCUCCACCUCCCAUCUAUAUUCCCGGCGCGUCGCAAUCAGUGUUUGACGACACAACGGCCACUUCAAACUCCUCCACUUCAAUGUCACCCUCAACUACUACAACUACAACAACCUCAUCAACAAUGGAGUCAGUCACAGAUACUUUCCUCAUUCCCUCAACGAUGAAUGGAUAUAGCAACGGAGAGAUGAUGCAGGAUAUGCUCAACAACAAUGAGCCGAUGCUGGUGGAUGCUCCUACUUCAUAUGAGGCAACUCCAGCGUCAUCAACAACUACGACAAUGGAUACUUUAAUGGAUACAUCAUCAACGUUGACAUCAUCAGAGAGUACUUUAUCCUAUUCUGUCCCAAUGACGAGCGAGUCAACAGAUGCCGCUACACUUUUGUUGGCACCUGACGAAACGGCAACCUUUGUUGGAGGAACCACUGAUUACAGCAACGAUGAUGACACGUCCAAUAAGUUGUUGUAG